AUUACGAAAACACAAGCGCAUAAAUGUCUCUCCGGGAUAAUUUCUUGAGAAAUGACUUCCACAAAUGAUGGAAAAGACGUGAAAAGUAAUCAAACAAGUGGCCAAAAAGGCAAGACAUAUUUUAUUGAACUUUACAAGUCGCUGGAGUUGCGCCUGAACGGCGAUUGCUCAGGCGAAGAGCGUACGCGGCUUGUGUGUGAGGCGUGGGGCCUUGAACACACACUGUGUCGGCAUUCUACGCCUACCACACAAACACAUCUGCUGUUCUGGCUUCAGCAACACACUGCACAUACUAUACUUCAGACAGAAUGGCAAGCCCCCACAAGUGAAGAGCAUCACAAAUGGCUAGAGGAAGCCAUCAAUGCAUUCAUCCACCAGUGUCGCGAGGCUGCCUCCAAGAGGGGUGGGGCCUUCCUUCCCUGGGAGCUUCAGCUCAUAACCAGGGCCCGAUGGUUCCUGACAGUGCUCCCUAAUCCAUGGGAGAAUCCUGUUUUGAAGGCCUUACUUGACGCUGACGGACCACAGCCGAAGGACCAAGAAGUUCUACAAUGGCUGAUCGAAGAGCACGGUGUGGUGUAUAUGUCGCGGCUCCGGCAGCUGGCCGCGACCAAGCGCUGCGUGGACUUGGCGCUGCUGCUGGCCACGGCCGUGCUGAACCGAGCGCGCUACAGCGCCAGGAUCGUGGCCGACGUCAUCCAGGCAGAGGAACCUAAAGACAAACCAGAGGUCCUCAGACAGGAGCGCACGUUCCAAAGCCUACUCUCCAAAGAAGCUGGAUUCACACAAGAAAUAUGGGACUUUAUCACGGACAUAGAAUUUGUAUUACAUUACAAGAGCGAGCGAGCGCGUUGUAUCGACCUGGCAAAGCUAACUCCACUGCGCAGUGGUUACCAGCUUGUGGCCCGAUUGCAAAAAAGGCUCGAAAGCUCGCCACAAUUGGACAAGAAAUUAUGGAAAAACGCUAAGGAUGUGGCCAUAAUCAUAGCACAGGUGGUGGUAGCGCGCUGCAUGGUGGUGCCGAGCUGCGUGGGCGUGGGCAAGGAGGCGCUGUUCCAGUGCGUGUACUCGCUGGCGCAGCUGCUGCCCGCCGACCGGCUGCCGGCGGCGGCGGCCACGCUGGCGGCGCCGGCGGCCUCCUCGCGCCACCUGCACACGCUGGCGCUCGCCGUGCACGCUCAGUGUAAAGAAGAACGUCUUCCGUUCGUCUGCUCGCUGUACGUUCGCGCUAUCACUGCCGGCAUGAACGAACUCGAGAAACUCAAAUUGGAUACUGAAAAGCAAUCCGAGGCUCGUGCUACAGAGAUGACAUUGUCGAAGUGGUUCAACCAGCUAGGCAGCUUACUGGCAGCCAGCUCCAGACUGAGCUGGGAGUGUGCCCUCACAGCGUUCUCCGUUCACCCGUCGAAGGCCAUGUACGAACAAGUCAUGAGGGCCCCACCAAUGGCGCCAUUGAUUAUGCCCGAUGUCCAAGAACAGGAACCGAAUACAAGCUCCGAGUUUGGAAGUUGGGCUACCGACAGCCGAACUCAGACUAAUUUGGUCAAAACGUCAGAAACAUUGAAACUCAAGCAAACUCAGAAGCAAGCCAAUGUUCUGUCAACCGCCAUAUUCGCUGAGGGCGAAGGCUUAGGGCUUGGGGCGGAUCUGUGCCAGGAUCUCGCGGUUCUUCUCUCUGGACCGCGUGUCAAGACUCUGUACUGGGACCUCGAUAGGGAAGUCCUCUUAGAAAACUGCCGAACAUACAUGGAGCGGACCCACAGUGGCACGCGUGCUCUGACUACAGAGUUAAAGUACCUGAAUCUUGACCCCAGCUCCUUUCAACACUUGCCUGAAGAAGAGGACGAAGACGAGAAUAAUGUCUAUUACGGGAUCGAGAAAGGUUAUGAACAUUUGGUGGAAUUUGAGGAACCAGAACCUGAAGAUAUUAUGUGUAACGAAAUUCUGACAGAUUAUUCAGACACUACAGAAUCACCCUCUAGUAUGAUAGAGGUUCCCAUGAUUAUACCGAAACGUAAGAAAAAGAAAAGUAAACCACAAAUACCUGUGGAUGAUGAAGUGGAUCCGCUUAGCCUUGGUACUGACACAUUAAUGGAGAAUAACGAAAGACCGCAAAGCAGUGAGAAAAUUAAACACAAAAGUAAAGAAAGGAGCAAAAGCAAUGUAAAGGUAGAUCACUACAAAGAACAUAACGAAAGCAAUGGAAUAUCCGACGAAAUAACUAAUGAGAUAAAAAUCAGGGCUAAGAAAAAGGAGAAGAAAGAACGUAAAAACAAAGAACAAGUCAGUAUAUCUGACAUUAAAAUCAAAGAACAGAAUUCUCAGUUUCCUACUAAUUUAUCAACAUUUGUUGGCACAAAAGUUGUUAGACCCACUAUGUUUGAACAUGAAAACCGGAAAACUGAUUCCAAUGGUAAUAAUAACAUGAGCAUUACUGAUAGUGACUACGAUAGUCAAGGAAAGUCAUCUAUUAAUUCAGAAUACAAUGACAAUGUUCGAAAUGAUAGUCCUUAUUCAAUAGGCGAUCAUAAGGCUCCUGGUAAAAUAUUAACAGAUUGCGAACAAAGAACUAGUUUUCCACCUUUCUCUUACUUGCCUAAUACUAAUCCAAGCCUUGUUAAAGACGAAGUUAAGAAAGGCAUACAGAAACUCAUAGAAUACAGGAGACAUAAAGUGUUAAAUGAAAAGUCAGUAAGUUUUCCUUCACCAAAAAAUCAAAGUCCUGAUUGUAGUAUAAAUCGUGAUUCUUUAAUAGAUAAAAAUAUUUGUAAUACCAAACUUUAUUCUGUGAGUAAUCCCAAAGGUCUUAAUGAAUCGAGUAACAUUUCUGCAGUCAAUAUUGAAAGAAAUUCUAGUGGAAUCACACAGUGGAAAGACACACAAACCCCUUCUUUUAAGGAGAGACACCAAAUAAAGAAAAGUCAACCCAAAGCUUUCAACCCUGAACAUCCAUCGUUACUUCUGAAUCAUGCUGUUAAUAAGUUGCCGGUUGAGACACCAAGUCAAAAAGAAUACCAACAAUUUUUACUACAAAGAAAAUGGGAUUCUAUACAAAAAAGAAAUAUAACUGAGUCUCAGAACCAAAUACAGUUUCAGGAUUCUUUGAAUAAGCAGUAUUUACAAGAAACUGUGCUGCCUAGAAAUCAAUUAUAUAAUUCAGACAAAACUCAAGACCUUUCAAAGAAACUAAACAUUCAACAAACUAAUACAAAUGAAUCAUCAAGUCAAACUCAGUAUCAUAAUUUUUUAAAAGAAUUGCAAGAUACUAUUAACGCUGGAACUAUCAAAGAUGUGACUCAUGCAAGAUCCUCAAUGAAUGCAUCUACUAAAAAAAUAAUACCGCCAAAGAAAGUUGAUAAUGCUGCUAAUACUUAUUCACGAUUAAGUUACAUGCAUAAAAACAAACAGUGUGAUAACAAACUUAAACCAGCAAAUAACCGAGUCACACAAAAGACUCCUUUAGUAAAUGUUGUCAGAGAGCAAAUCCAACACAUAAAAAAUCUUGACCUUGAAAAAGUGGCUAAUUUACAAUUAUCAGGCGAAAUAGUCAUCGCAAAAGUCGAAAAACCUAAAAGUAAGUGUACUGAUAAGAAUACGAAAGUUGUUGUGCAGAAAAUAGAAAACUUUAGUAGUGGUCAUCUAUCGUACUCACCGUUGAAUACCACAAUACUAUCAAAUAUGUUAACGUCAGAUAAAAAUAAAUCUGAUUAUAGAGAACUGGGAAAUGAAAUUAAAGUAGCAAAACCUUCAUCUAUACAGCCAACAUCGCGGCUGUCAGAGAAAGAUCAAUUUGAUAUUUUGUCAUUAUUAAAACAACAGAACAAGUUAAAGAUGCCCAUUACGAGUGAACAUACAAAGAAAAGUUCUACUGAAAUAUUUAGUAGUGCUACCCACCGUGCAGAUACUGAAAAUCUACACGUAAACCUUCAAAACAAAAUACCAAUAUUGUUAGAAAGCGAAAAGAUAAAAUCUUGCCCAACAACUGUAAUAAAAGCUACAAAUAACAAGUACGUAAAUAAUGGUCCAGAGUCAAAAAUGGAUCGUGUUAAAGGCAGUAAACAAAAACCAAGCCCUUUGGCAGAAUCCGACUGGAAAAGCGUCAUGGAUGAUCUUUUGGCACACAAAACCCCAAGCAGAGGGCCAAAUGCUCUCGAUAUUGUACUUAAUAAAGAUUCAUUUGAAAAAAGACCAUCUAAUAAUUUAAACUACCCGACAGUGAUAACAAGUCUUAAAAACUCCAACAAUGCCAAUAUUGACACUAUUGCAAAUCACUCUACUCAGGAUUCAUAUGCUAAAGCUUCUACAAGUACACGACAUUUGCAUAAUUUAAAAACAACGGCUAAUAUAAAACAAAACCAGUAUUUAGCACAAUGUCAGAGUAAGAUCAGUUCUGUUGAAUUAAAAAAGGCGCCAUUACAUAUCAACAAGCAUUUGCCUAGUGUAAUUCAAAAUAGUAACGACCCAUUCAUAUCAGGCAUACCAAAUUCUGACUAUGAUUUAUUAGAAGAAUUAAUGGAUGAUGACUUGCGCCAGGAAAUAGGGGAACUAUCAUCUGAUGACGAAACUUACCGCACAUCUAAUAUAAGUACAUUUAAACCGAAAAAUAUUCUCGACACAAAGGAAUAUAACCUACUGACUAAUAAACCAAACAUUGUGAUUAAUAAAGUAAAUACCGUAGCCGCUAGAAGUCCUUCAAAUUUCAACUCGGUAAUUAACUCUGAAUCAUUGAAAAAUUCACAUGAAACGAUGAAUUCUAUUAUUGAUAAAAGUGUGACACCAAAAAAUAACUGUCUUCUAAGAUCUACUAAUCCUAAGAAUCCUAGUUUUCAUUCGACAGUGGAUUUGAAGAUCAUAAGUAACAAAAUAACGGACGGCGCAACACAUGUCAAAAAGACGCCUCUCAGUGGAAAACUGGUUAAAAAUACUUCUGCAUCUACCAUGGAAGCAAAUGGGCCCAACAAUAGUAACUUGUAUGCAGACCCUAUUUCUCAUCAUAAGAAGUCUAUUAUUAAAACGUCCAAAUUAAAAACACAGAAUACAAAGAAAGACGUUUGCAGUAAUCUAAAUAUAUCUAAAGCAAUGGAUAAUAUUAAAAGUAAUAAAAUGCAUAAUGUUUCUGGAGCUUCUAAAACAGCCAGUUCCGCGAACCCUGCGAAAGUAGUAUUAACUGUGCCCCAAAGAAAUACUUCACAGAAUGUAAUGCUUAUCGGCUCCAAUUUAAUAUAUGAUUCAUUACCUAUGAAUCAGUCAACCAAUUCUGGAAAUUUAUCAGACUUAAACGGACAUACAUAUGUUGCUGUUAAUCAAGCGCCAAUUAAUGUAGCUCUGUUGCAUGCAUCGCCAUUGGUUGGACCUGCUUUGAGCCCUGUAAUUAUAGAAAGUUCCGUUACUUUACCAGUUAUUAAAAAAUCGACACCAACUUUUUCUCUGAACUUAACAUCAGUCAACUCAGACAAAAAUUGUAAAUGCGAAAAUCGUCACGCAAGGGAUAAAAAGACUGAAAUCAUUAAAACAAAGUUGAAAGAAAGAAAAUGUUAUAAUGAUAAUUUAGAACAGUCUAAAUUUAAAGUUACUUGUAGUAGAUCAAAGGAAGCAGGUAUGGAUAUUUUAACAGCAACAGCUAAUACGAUUACAAUUGGUUCGUCUCAAACGAGUGUAUUUAAUUCCACGAAACGAGAAGUUUCUAAUAUAUACGAAAAUUCAAGUUAUACCCAAAAACUCAUUAAUUUAAAUAUAAAGGCAGAUGAGGAUGCUAAUUUAGAUACACCAUGUGCCAUAAAUGAAUGGACUCCUAAUGUAGAUAUAAAGACAUAUGAGGCCGCUAAAGCAGAUAACCCAUGUUCCAUAAAUGAAAGGAUUCCUAAUUUAGAUACUAAAACAGAUGGGGAUGCUGAAGCAGAUAAACCAUAUUCCAUAAAUGAAUGUUCCAGAAAUGAUAGAAAUCCUAGUUUUGAUACAAAGACAGGUGGCGAUGCUAAACCAGAUAUACCAUGUUCCAUAAAUGAAUGGGCUCCUAAUUUAGAUAUAAAAACGGAUGAGGAUGUUAAAGCAGAUACAUCAUGUUCCAGAAAUGAUAGAAAUCCUAAUUUUGAUACAAAUACAGGUGGCGAUGCUAAAGCAGAUAAACCGCGUUCCAUAAAAGAACGGACUCCUAAAUUAGAUACAAAGACAGAUGGGGAUGCAAAAGCACAUAAACCAUGUUGCAUAAAUGAAAUGACUCCUAAUUUAGAUAUAAAGACAGAUCACGAUGCUAAACCAGAUAAACCAUGGCCCAUCAAUUAUAGGAUUCCUAAUUUAGAUACAAAGACAGGUGGGGAUGUUAAAUUAGAUAAACCAUGUUCCAUAAAUGAUAGAAGUCCUAAUUUAGGUACAAAUGCAGAUGGCCAUGCUAAAGCAGAUAAACCAUGUUCCAUAAAUGAAAGGUCUCCUAAUUUAGAUACAAACAUAGACGAUGAUGCUGAAGCUGAUAAAUCAUGUUCCAUAAAUGAAAGGUCUCCUAAUUUAGAUACAAAGACAGAUGAGGAUGCUAAAACAUAUAAACCAUGUUCCAAAGAUGAAAGUAUUAUUAUAAAUUCAUUACUAGAUGAGACAAUACUACAAACUUCUAAAAAGAAAACGGAUGGGUUAAAAGAUACAGAAAUGAUAAAUAGUAAACGUAUAUUAAAAAACAAUAGCAAUCGUUGUCAUGACAAUACGAUUGCUCUUCCUUAUACUUUAAUUAAAACGUCAAUGCUGAACGAAACAAAUGCAAACGAAAAUGAAGAAACAGAAAGAAAAGAAAAUAAAUUUAAGAAUACAGAAGAUCAGAAUUACAGACGUUCUACCAGAUCGAGGAAAAAAAUUGCAAAUGAAACCGACUUAUACCAAGAAAAAAUCAUGAAUAAAAUAAUAAAAGUAAAUCCUUGUACAGAUACCACAAGUACACAACUGGUUCAAGAAAGCAGAAACGUUAAUGAAGAGGUAAACAAUAAGUGCAAUAAGCCAAAUUUAACUACUUCAGAUGAAAAUACAAAAAUAAAUGAACACAUAAAUCAAAAUAUCGAGAUUUUAGAAAAACCUAAUAAUACUGACCACAGUUCUAACGAUAAAAAAGUUAAAAAAUCAUACCAAGAUCCAAAGUUGAGUAAUGAUAGUAUUACUGAUACUAACGCUAUUAAACGAAAUAAUGAAAUCAAUAUUCUUAAAUGUAAUACUGAUACCAUACUAUCUCAUCAGAAUUUAUGUAAUGAUAACUCAAAAAAAGGACUUACAGGAUCUGCUAAAGAAAAUAAUGAAAACCAGAUUACAAAUGCCAACAAAUACCCGCAUUUGCCAAAAGAUAGAAAUAUCGUUUCUGCUGCCAAAUUUCCGCCAGACAAACAAAUGAGUUUUUCGGAAGAUUUAAUUAAAAAUGGAAGUGAAUCGAAAGAUACAUAUAGUGUCGGAAUGAAAUUAACCGAAUCUGCUGAUAUCAUAGUUGUUGAUACCGAUGACGAAAUAAAAGCAGUUAUUCCGAAUACGAUUAAAAGUUCUGUUAAUUCGUAUAAAAAUAAACAUCCUAUAAUUGGACACAUGAAUACUUCCAAACCUCAUAUUACUAGAAAUUCGGAUGAAUUGGGUAUAAAUAAAAAGCCUUUGGUCAUAAACAACUACACUCCACAUGAACAAAAAACAACCAAAAGUACAGUUAAAGAAUCAGAUGAAUUGGCCAAAAAUGUUAGUGUUGCACAUAAACAAAAGGUUUCUUACACUGUUGAUGAUGAUAAUAAAGACAAAGACAAUAGAAUGCUAUUAACAAGGAAAACAUCAAUUGAGGCAAAAAAUAAAGAUGAAGAAGUUCUUGGUAUUAAGAAACCAGAAAUAAAUAUGGGAGGUAAAUCAAAAAAUUUCAUUACUAGUAGUAUCGUAAAUAAUAUUAACAGUUUACAAAAAGAAAACCUAGCUGACGGAAAACUGUCCAAAGAAGAGUGUAAUAGACAAAAAUCUCACUUGGGAAAAAAGUCAUGUAUGGUAAAUGAUCCUGACUAUUCAGGUGCUAAGAUUACGUUCGAAGAAUUGCCUUACGCUGGUAACGAUCCACUUAAGAAAUGUGUUAGAAUUAAACUUCCAAAUGGAAACAUUUUUAAAGCUACAAUUUCCGGAAAAAUUGACAUAAGCGUUGAUUCUAUACUUAAAGAUCCAACUAUACAAUCAUUACUUUUGAAAAAUAACCAAAAGAUAAAAUGCACUUUACAAAUAAAUCAAUACAAUAUGAAAAAUAAAAAGAAUAUUUUAAAUACAGAAGUGAAGAAUAUAAGCUGUAGUAAACCAGAUGAACUACCUCCGCCAAUUACUACAGAGACUAUUGACUUAAUCAGCGAUGAUGAAGAAGAUAUCAUUCCUCAAAAAUUCAAGACAGAAUUCGGAAUCUUUAAUACUCCAUCAUUAGAUCAAAAUAUACACACAAAACAUCAAAACAAAUUAUCUCAGAAGUGUGUAGUGCUUUUAGGAAGAUGUACGUUGCCGCAAGAGUUUAUGCCAAUAGACUUACCAAACAAUAGUUCCAGCGUACCAGUUAUAUAUGAGGUGCCAAGUGUUAAUCUGGCACCUACUCUCCAGAAAACUGCAACUGAUUAUAUAGAAAUAGACGAAUCAUCAAACGAUAGUGUUUCCGUUAUCUCCUCUGUGACAAAUACUAAUGAUAUUAAUAAAGUAAAAGUUGAUGAACUUAAAAAUUUACUACUUAAAGAACUUGGUGUAGAUAUUCAAUCACAAAAUCUAAAUUUAACAAAUGAAAUUGAUAAAAAUAUUCAAGAAGUUCAUCGUAACACGUCUUUUACUCAAAUAGUAGACCUAACAGAUGAAAUUGAUAAAACGUUUGAAGAUGGUACUGUACCAGCUCAACAAACAGAACGUAAGGCGAAACAAUGUUUAUUAAAAAUUAAAAAAUGCGAUGACCUAGUUAAGAAAAUGAAGAUUAAUAUUCAAAAAUGUUAUGUCAAUUUAGUAAGAUGUGACGAAUCCAUACAAGGUUUUGCAAAUAAAGGUAACUUAAGUGCUAAAAAUAUGGUUAUUAAAGAAUCAACUGAUGCAAGUCAACGCUCAGAAGAUAGCGCCAUGCUGCAAGAAACAAACGAACAAUUAAAACGAAGUGAUUCAAUAUCAAUUUUAAACGACCUGGAUGAUUGUACUGUCUAUCCUUUACCAUUAUUUGAACCAAUGUCACCGUCACUGAUUAACGACUUUGUAAUUCCAUUAAACAUUAUAAAUAGUACUAAUAUCUCAGCUGAGUUGGAGAAAUGUGAUGCUGAUUGGUUUAUAACAAAGUCGGGUAUAAACAAGUGUAACAAUAGCUUCUUAUGCCAUGUCCCGCGAAACACGUUGAACAAAGUUAAGGAAUGUGAAAAAGAUGAGGAUACCUUGACUGACUGUGAAAGUGACCUCGAUGUGAGUUUUUCAGUAAGUGAUAGUUUUCAAGUACCUAGUCUUUUUACACUUACCAUGAAUUUUCUUUUCGAUUCCGAUAUAAUUUAUGGACUAAUGUACUCGGAUUUAACAUCAAGAAAUGUAACGAAUUCUUCAUCAUUGAAAAGGAAAUCGACUGAGACAGAAGAAUCAGGACGUGAAAGGAAAAUUUCUAAAAAUAAAAAUAAUUUUAGUUCUAAAAAUGCAUGUCCUGAAACAUUACCACAAAUUUUAGAAACUACGUUACCUCUUUCUACAUUAGAACAGGGGAAAACAAACGGAAAUUCAGUAAUUAAAACUGAAAUGAAAGAAUAUCACAACAAAACAAAUAACUUAAAUGAAGAUACAAAAACCAUAAUCAUGCAGAGAAAAGAGAUAUCCUUGAGUCAAGCAGCAAAAAACAUAUUAGAAUGUGCUAGUGAAAUUGAACAACCUGUAAUUCAAACAAUAAAACUUAAUUUAGACGUAGGUCACCGUUUUAGUAACAUUUCUGAAAAUUCAACUAUAACAAAAGAAAAUACUUUAUUCAAUAAAAACAAUUUAGAAAGGUAUGAUAAAUUAUCGGAAAGCGUAAAAUUUGUAACACGAGGAACGAGUUCUGUCGAUGUUUCAGAAAAUGCAACAGCAGAUAACUCUGGUUUGAAUGUUAUUAAACAAACAACAAAUGUUAGUCUUAGUGAUAAUAAAAAAACUAUUCGUAGUCCACGACAGGACUCUGCUAUACACCUAGAUUCUUCAGUAGAUAAUAAUGUCGAGCAAACUAGCACCGUAUAUAAUUCAAACGCUCAAACUAAUAAUACAACAAAAAAAGGAAAAACUGCUAUAACCGUGACGAAGAUACCUGCAAAUGACUCCAUGACUAUAAUGGAUAUCAAAAGAAACAACAAUUAUGUUCUGGAAUGCGAUGAAAACUCAAACCAAUCAACAGAAACAGAACUAGAUCACUCUAUUAAUAGAAAAAUUCGAGCUGAUGAGUUGAGAACGGAUUUACCUAAUCCGGAAAUAUCGGAAGAUGAAAAAUUAACUGAUGAUUUAAAAGAAACUAAAAUUAUCGACAUACAUAGUUCCGAAAACUUAAUACUACCACAAACAAAAUUAAUAAUACCAAACACAGAGUCUAUCUUACAAUCAGAUUCAUGUAGUCAUUCAACUGAAUUGGACCACAAAAGCCAUACUUUUACUGAGGAAGCCAUUUCGAAACCUGCUUUAGUAACUACUGCAUGCAACAUCCAAUUUGAUUUACUCGACUCGAAUGAAGUAAUUCCCGAUGUUAAGAUAAAUGACGUAUUAAAAUCGACGCAACAGGAUCAACUAUUGGCCAAUAAUGCGAAUGAAGUCGGAGUGUACGACGAUAUCAUAGACAAAAACAAUAAAAAUAUGCUUAAACCUGAUAAACCUAUACAACUACAAUUAACAUUGCAAGAUAGUACAGAUGAAACUACACACAUUGAGUGUAUUAAAGAUAUUGAAUCUAAUGCUAAAGGAACUGGGACAACAAUACUAAACGGAACGGACGGAAACAAUAUUAAAUUAGAACAAUCGAUGUCAUUAUCUAAUUUAAAUCUGAGUUGUGAAACGAAUGUACCGGAGGAUGAAUUAUUUAAUAAUAUAUUAUUUAAGAACAACGAAGAGAAAGAAUCCCGUGUUUUGCAAGUUCAGUCGGAUUUGGUUUUGAAUUUUAAAGACGAUGCAAAUUUACCAGAGAGUGACACUAUUACUAAAAUAAGUACCCAGCCCAAAUACGUCCCUACUGAACUCGAAGAAAACGAGAAUGUGAGAGAUAAUUUGAAAAUAAGUAAUAAGUCUUCAAACACCGCGGUUUUAAAUUUGAAAGAGGAUACAAAUUUACCAGAGCAUGAAAGUAUUUGUCAAAUGAGUAUCAAGUCCAAAUAUAUAUCUAAUGUACUCGAAGAAAACGUGAAUGUGAAAAAUAAUUCGAAAAUUAGUGAGCUAUUUUCUGACACCAUCGAUUUAAAAUCGAAAGAAAAUGCAAAUUUACUUGAGAGUCAGAGUAUUUGUAAAAUGAGUACCCAGACCAAAUAUGUACCUAAUGUACUCGAAGAAAACGAAAAUGUCACAGAUAAUUCGAAAAUGAGUAAUCAAUCUUCAGACAACACGGAUUUAAAUUUAAAAGAGGAUGCAAAGUUACCAGAGAGUCGCACUAUUUGUACAAUGAGUACCCAGCCCAAUGAGUACGUACCUAAUGUAAUAGAAAAAAACGUGAAUGUGACCGAAAAUUUGAAAAUUUGUAAUCGAUCAAUACAACAAUUUGACAAAACUGCACGACCUUUAAACGACUUAAAACCGAUGUUAAUAAAAAAAGAGAAAGCCAAAGAAAACGGCGAAAAUGCAGGUGAAAUAUUGCAACUACCUGAAAAAAACAGAAAUAUAGAAUCUGAAAUGACAUAUCUGAAGACUUGCAUUAAUAACGACAGUGAUAUGAAUAAAAAUGAUUUGAAAAUGGAAGAAAGUUUUACCUGUAAUAAGGCAAAUAUUGAUAACGGGAAAGUUUCCUAUUUGACGUGUUCUUUAAAAGAGUCCGAAGACACACUCUCAAAUACUUCUGAACUCAUAAAAAAUGAAAAUGCGUGUAUACUAUUUGAAAACAAAAUCAUUGCCACCGAAAUCAUUGCCAAAGAAUUGAAUGAAUACGAAUCAUUGAAUAAUCUAGAAGAAUUGCCGAUUAAUAACGUUAAAAUUAAAUACGCAAAUAACAGUGAUGCCGAUAAUUUAGAUAAUCAAGAAAAAAAUCCAGGAAAUAAAAUAGACGCUGAAGCUGAGGUCGUGCAGAAGAACGAGAACUGUGAUGGUAUUAUCAAUAACAUACAUUCGGAAACAGAUAAAUAUAGAAAUAUUCAUGAAACAUCUGCGAUUUCUGUUUGCACAAAGAAUAAAGAAAUUUUAACAUCUCUAUACGAUACACGUAACUUGGUGGCUGAGAUAAAUGUAACUAAACAUCUACAAUUAUUACAUUUGAAUCAACAUAUAGAAAUUAAUGAAAAUUCAUCAUUAGAAUGUGGUAAAGUUAUUGAAACUAAUUUAUCUGUUGAACCUGAUCAAUAUUAUCCGAACGUUAAUACGAAAUUAGACUUACAAAAGGUAGAUGUUGAAGAAAAUAUAGAAAACAAGUUGGGUGUUGUAUUCGAUAAAACGCGUGAGAAAUUUGAAUUACAAGCAACAUCCCAAGUAGAUAAAAUAAACACGCCAUGUUCAAUUCCAACAAUGGUAGAAGGAAUUAUUAAUUCUUCAAAUGAGGAACCUAAAAUAAAUGAUCAUAUCGAUUUUUUACAGUACAGUACGAAUCCUUCAGAUAAGUGUCCUUCAGAUAAAAUUGUUAAUGUUCAGUGUUCCAAAUUAGAAAAAGAAAUCAAUUGUAAUUUAAUACCACAUGACUUAAUACGUAAUAAUUAUACCGAUGUUGAAGAUCCGGAAACUUUUGGAAAGAAAGAUGAAAUCAUUUACCAAUCCAAUGAUUGUACUAUACCUGAAGUUAGCAAUAAACAACAUAAUAAAACUCACAAUCUAUCUGCAUCUGUUUUUUUAAAGGAACAAAGUGUAGAUUGUGUCCUUGAAUCUAUCAAUGAUAUAUUUCAGGCAAAUACAGGUAACGAAUAUUCUGAUACUACGGUACAGCUGGAAAAAAUAUUAAAUGAGUGUACAAGUAAUGUAACAGGUGAAAAAGUAGCGUCAAGUACAGACAAUGAUAAAAAUGUAACACUGGUAUAUAAGGGUGAUUCGAAUGUAAUAUUAAAAGGUUCCAUUUACGAAGAUUCCGUGAUAGGGACAUGUUAUGUCUUUCCUGUGAUUGAUAAAAGUUUGUUGUCACAAGACUUGAAUCAUAGUAAUAUUUGUGACAGUAAAACGAUUCGAGUAAUAGAAUCUUUAAAAAGCAAAGCAAAAAAGCAAGCAUUAGAAGAUAGUGAAGAACGGCAUGGAUUGGAAGAUGUACAUAAUAUUGAAAAUUUCAAUGUGUUAUUACCAAAAUUAACGUACUCAAGACAGCGAGUGAAAAGUGAUAGUAUAAUAAAUGUAGGCGAUAAAAGAAACAGGAAAACCUUAAAACGUAAAUACAAUAGUCAUGACGGUAAACUUCAUGCAAAACGAUAUAGAAACGGAAAAAAUAUUGACUAUCCAAAAUUUUCUGUAACAACAAUGCUCGAGUCUGCGUAUAGCAAAGAGUAUAAGCGCCUAAUGGAUUAUUGUACGUCUAUAAAAUUUUCAUAUUCACGGCCAUUUCAUAAAGAUUAUAUUGAUGUACCUGACAUAGUAAAAUCUUGGCCUAUUAAAGAAAAAUAUGUAAAUGAAACCGAUGGCACAGAUUUUGAGUACGCCCUUUUUGCUGAAGAGCAAUUUGAAAACAAGGCUCCUCUCGAUCCUUUGCAGCAUACUCUAGCAGAAGAAAUAUCUCAAUUUAACGAACAGCAUUACACUAGUUGUGAUAUUAAUGAAAAUAAUUUUAGUAUGGGUUUUGGUGAGAGGUCCGACAGAGUUAUACAGAUAUCGGAAGAUAAAAAUAUUUUUUCAAAAGACUCGGCUGCGACUCUGUCGGACGUAAAACAUUCUCAGCCGUUUUUAACGCUGGAUGAUUAUGUCGAUUGUGACAAAAAUCAAUUGAUGUCUCAUAAACAUCAAAUGGAAAUUCUGAAACGCUCAGUUUCCUACAUUCAAUUGAGAGAUAAAGUGCGUUCAUUUUUCAAAAAGACAACAGAGGAAUUGAAUUACAAUUGGCUUAUGGACAACAUGAAAAACGAAUACAAAAACUCAUACAACAACAACUCUUAUUUUAGAGGCUUUCCCUAUGAUCUUAUUAAUGCGGACUUUAUUGAACCGGCUCCAAUUGAAGCAAUAGUACAAGUGGUUCAAGUAGGCCAGUUACCAGUAAGUGCAGCAGCUCAAAAUCCUAUGACGUGUGAUCCGCGUGUAACUCAGGUUACAGACGCUAGCCCUCAAUGUUCGAUUGAAAAUAGCCCACAUGAUGAUUCACACUCACCCAUUAAGACUGAAUAUACUGAAUUAACUACUGCAGAUCUUAGUAUGCCUUUAGUUCACGAGUAUGAUCGUAUGGAAUCACAAGCUUCAAAAGUACCAACUAGUCAUCACGAGGACAUUCCAGUGGAAACGGAAAUAACAUCAAUCGUUAAAACCGAAAUCACAGUGGAAUUAUCGCCGUUAAAAGAAGAACCGAUUGAUUACAAUGACGGUGACGAUUUACAGGCUUUAGUAAAUAAGCACAUAAACAACGUCGACUAUUCAUUUGAUUCAAAUGAAAACAGUAUACUGGAAACGCAAUCAAAUAGAGAUAUCUCUUAUGAAACUUUGGAAAAUAAUGAGGCGGAUUUCUCACCACAUGUCAAACAAAACGGUUCAUCCGAAAAAACUGAUCAAAUCGCCCAUGCUAUGAAUGCUGCUGGUAUAACAACAACAGAAACUAUGAUAAAUACAGACACGCAUGAUUUAGUUGAUAUGCUGUCUCAUAAAGAUUGCCAGGCUCCUGUUGCUAAUAAUGCUGCUACUGGAAAUAACUAUACAAAAAGCCCUAUAAAUGCUAUGACAUUACAACAAGCACUCGCACAAAUAUUACCCCCACCACUAAAUCAGACUAAUAUUCAUGAAAAUAACCAAACGAAUGCAACUUCGUCGGCGGUGACUUCUCAAGUUCUACAUAUUGUACAGGGUAAAAACACAAACGGGAAUCAAAUAACCUUAGUAGAUAACACGCAAAAUUCCGUCAUUAGUAAUUCAAAUACACCUGUAUUACAUAUAGUACAAAACAAAGGAGCCAGUACAAAUUCAACAUCGAAUGCGAACUCAGGAUCGCAUACAAAUUCUUACAGUGGACUGUCUUUAGUAGACGCAGGACAAGGAAGUAAUCAGCUCCUACAUAUAGUGAAUACUGGAAACCAGAAAAAUAAUGCGGCAGGGCAGCUAAUAAAAAGAGUGAACCUUUUGACAAAUAUUCAGGGGUCUAAUGAACAAAAAAUGGUUCAAUUUGUAUGUAAAUCAGCCGACGGAAAGUCUAUUCACCUUAAUGCCCCACAUCAAAGAAGUAUGGUAUUGAGAUUACAGCCUAUUGAAUCACCUAAUGUUCAAGUUAAUAAUGCAAAAACAACGGAAUCUCAGGAUAAUGUGAAUACGAGUCCGACGUCACAUAUAUCAUCAUCGUCGAAUAAGGACUUAACGAAUGCACAAAAUGAAAUAAAGUCUCGGUCUGUGUAUGAAGAAAACUACGCAAAGUUUAUUCAAAAUUCUUCUGGCAAACCUGUAGAAAAAUCUACUAGUUUACCAAAAUUUGGUCAAGCUUUUGGUAAACAAGUCUUUCAGGAUGGCAAUCAAAAAGGAAAUGAUGUCAAUCAUUCAAAUCAUUCUAAUAAUUCUAAUUCUGAAAUUUCAGAAUGUCAACCUAAUGACAACUCUGUGAACCUGGAUCAUAUUGGGCAUAUAAACAGCCCACCGUUAUUACUCAGAAAGUCUCCAUCGUCGGCUCAAACGCAGCCAUCGCAAGCGAAUUUAGUUCAACAAAUUAAACAAAGUAUUGGUCCCAUGAAUAUACAAACAAUGCACGGUGGCGUCAUAUACACAAGACAAAUACCCGUCAACAUAGGCGGUGGACAGACAAUCAAUUUAAUUACAGUUCCUAGCACUGAACUAAUUGACGACAAUAACCAAAAACAAAAAGGUGACCUUAAGUUCGUCGGUCAAAGUGAGCUAGAUUCUCCAAUCAUAAAAAUUGUACCGCAGAAUCAAAGCACACCAAACGCAGAAGGUUCGCACGACGAUAAUGGCAACCAAACUGGGUUACCGAGCGAGAACGCUCAACCUGCCCCACAUCAACCUGUAUUAACACAAAUGCGAAUAAAAUUGCCCAUGCUCAGUAAAACCCCACAAAUGGUGUCUGGGGCGAGGGUAGUCCGGCCAUCUUUCUUUCAAAUACAACGUAACGUCAUCGGCGGUGCAAAUCAACACGUCUACCAACAAUUGGUUCUCACAGCAGCUCCAUCGCUGGGCCAACACACCAUUCGCCUACCGCAGACUCAGGCCAACAGGCAAACCACAAAAACACCUACAGACGGUCAAUCUCCUUCAGAACCUCAAAUGAGUUCUUCUACACUCGAACAGCUGCGAGAAUUUGAUAUGGUAUUGGAACAAGUAAAGGAGAGGAGCACAGUCCAACCCAAUUCAAACUCGAAUACUAACUUUACUAAAUUGCUCACUCCGACUACGGACACAACCGACGGUUCAAUUCCGACUUCUACGGCGACUGAGUCUACGCAACAAGUGUUGUAUUCAAUCGGAUCGGAUCAGUCUUUAAACGUGGCGUAUAUUAACAGGAAAACAGUUGCCGCCGCCACACCGACGACGUCAGCUUUUGUCCGCUCCCCCGAUUCAUCCGGAAUUAUAGAUUCACCAUCAUCUUCGCACGCACAAAUUCCUCACACUGUCACUAGUGAAUCGACAUUAAAUGAAGCCACAGCUCAACCGGCCACAAAAUCAAAAGUUGGUUCUAAAUCUAAACCGAGAACAAAAACCUCGAACCCGCCGCACCAAAUGAAAAUUGGUAUUCCGCCUAAACCUACUCUGAAACCACAGGAAGACGAACAGACCACUCAACGGAUUCUUUACAUACUAGCGGAGUACAAAGAACAAGUGGAAAACUCUCCGGACAAAGAUAAACCUGCACCACGUCGGAGGACCAAUCCGCCUACCAAUCCGGGGUCGUCGAAGCGCAAAAAGAGCAGCAGUUCUCGGCGUUCAGGCACUCGGGAGAUGAGUCCCGUCGACGACUCGUGCCGCACCAUGGGCUCUGAGGACAGCAGUUGCGGGACUUCCCAGGGCGACUGCAAUGAGAGCUGCCGCGACAGCCACUCUCCCCAGGACAGUCCACGGAAAGUCGCCAGGAAGUUGACGUUCGAAAAUGAAACCUCACCGGCCCCGCAACCCAAACCGCAGCCUCAACGCAACGUGAUAGUCGCCGACGGGCAAACGAUAACGGUCGCGAGGGGAACGGCAGGCAAGCCUACCACAGCUGUGUUGAUGCCGGCGAACUACAUCCUCCCCGUGUCGAUGGUGAAAGGUGGUCAGCAAAUAGCUAUUAUGACGAACCGCGGACCGAAGUUGCUAACAGUCGCAGGCGGUGAGGGGGGCGCUAAUGCGUUGCUUCUGCAGCGUCUAAUCGGGCCGGGGGGGCUUAAGCCGAUGCUGACGCGGCCCGGGGUCCGUCAACUCCGCUUGCCCACAGCGGCGUUGCACAAUCUUCAAGCCUUCAACUUGACCACCGCGACGACCGUUCAGCCGCCGGACAGCACCGCGUCUCCCGCUCCGGCCUCAACGCCGCCCGAGUUGGUGGAGACGCGGGCGCGGAGCUCACCAUGGACCGACCGAGAGCAGGACGUGAAGCCCGAACGCGACAACAGUUCGGAAGGCUCCGAGCCGUGGAACCUCCACGCCACCGCCGACCCCCACGACUAUUCGUACGAAGAGACUGUUAGAACGGACAACAUGAACAGAACUGUGCUCGAAGCGAUCCCAGAUCGAUACAGUCCCGAUAUGGAGGCGCAAAGGAUAUUUGAUAAGAUGUUCGAUGUUGAGUCGAAAAAGUCGUACAUCGAUUCGCACGACGAUUCGUCCCGUUGCGCAUACGAUAUUGACGCGUCCGAUUGCGACGAUAAGGUCUACCACCAGGUGGUCCACAAAAGGGACGGCUCGUCGCAACGUCACCACAGACUAACGCACGUGUCGGCGGCCGCUUUGAGGCACAAAUACGCCAUUUUGGAGCACGAGCUACGAUUACAGAAAUCUUUGUCAGAAGAGUGCGAAGACCUCGGCGUAGACUCGCCGUCCGCCUCGGAGCUGUUCCCCGAGGCCGAGUUGCUGUUCUCGUCCUCACCGGCGCACGAAGCCGCACAGCAUUCGCACACGCCACAACCAACCAUCCUCAACCAAAGUGGCAUACCGCAGCCCGAUAUAGACGACCAGAUAGCAACGGACGAGUUACUCCAACAGGAGGUCCAUGAGGAACAACAGGAAGAGUUGGACGUGACCACCCUCGGCCUGGACGAGGGCAUAGUGACUGUGAAUGAGGACGGACAAGCCACUAUAGCAUUGGACCAAGAGGAGUUUGCUCGGUCUCAUCCUAAUACCACCUUCCAUAGCGAGCCUACGGACGAAGGGGAGAUUCAGCAGCCAUUUACAAUAACAGGCCUAAAAGGGCGACACAUCACGUCAACAAUAUUCCACGCCGGCCGAGCGCCCGCCACAGUGUUGGUCACCGCGCCCCAGGCGACCGUCAUAUCGCAGGCCAACCCGGACAACACCGUGCAGAACAAGUACAUCAACCAAAUCAUCAACCACUCGGGCACUGUCACGCAUCAAAACCUCAACCUGUCAUCCGUUUUGGUCAAGGACGACAGACUGACCAAGUUCGACAACGUUUUGACAGACUCCAGAGAACUCCACCUCUCCAAUACUGCAUCUGCGAUUAUACAUUCAACGGGAAACGCGACACAGGUUAUAAGACGAGUCUGUUAUGAGGAUGAUAAGAGGGAUCCGAGGUUUCUGAUGGACGAACCUGAAGGCUUGAUCGCUGGUGAUGAUGCCAAGAUGGUGGCGGAAGACAGUUCUAGAGAUGCGACGUUGGAAUCCAUUGCGGGUGAUGAUGAGAACUCCUUACCAGAAAGACACACGGAGUUGUUUUGGGAGUCCAAUUCAGCGUCCGAAAGAUCUGAGAGCAGACGGCCUAUGGAUUUUAGCAGUGACAGCGAAAAGUGUUGCAAGAGUCCUUCGUUUGAUGAAGCCAACUCAACAGACUCUAGUGGAGUGGGGACGCAUAUGAGACUCGACUCGGUUAUCAAGAAUGCCAGAGGGAUGGAACGCAGUUGCAGCGCUGACGGGUCAUCCGCUGAUGACACGCAUCCGCCGUUGCGGACUUAUCCUGCAAAGCGGAUGUAUCACGUUUUGGAUGCGGAUGCGGAACGGAGUGUUUCAGGGAAGACGAGGGCCGGCGAACGGUCCUACAGCUCGGAGGUCCGACGACGAGCCUCCGGGCGGGGGGUCGUCAAACGCGGAUGCCAUUGCUGCAGUGGCUCCCCGGCCCCUCCGAGGCCCAAGAAGUCGCGCCAGAAGAAGCCGACCAUGGAUUUUACUAAUUAAAAAGACAUUUUAGUUUUUUUUUUUGGACUUGAAUGGUUGCCGUAGACUGACACCGAUCUCUCAAAUUGAGGUUUGUUUAGUGAUUAAGUGAUAAAAAUUGUUAAUGUCGUUUUGUAUAUAACAAUUUAGAUUUUGUUUGCAAUUUUCAUUUUGUCUUUCUUAGUUUUCUUUUUUUUGUUGAUAUAUUUAGCUCGUAAGUUUAGCUGUUUCUUUUAUUUUUGUGUUAUUGUGUUAGGAUUUUUUAAACCGACACCGGUCAGUUCAAAUCUGUUUAUCUUUUUUUUUUCGAGCUCUAUUUUCAUAAUUUAAAGAGUAGCUAUUAUUUUCAGAAGAAGAUAUUGAGUUUGAUUGUUAACUUUCGUGUAAUAUAAAUUUAUACAUAUUGUAUUAUUAAUAAAUUAAUUAUUGUAUAAAAAAACUGGUAUUUCAUAGGUUACCUCAGUGAAGGUUAAGCGUUUCAGUUAGAUGAUACAGGCCAUACUCAAAAUGUGAAUUUUGUCCUAGAUUUAUAGAUGUACGGUAAAAGUCUAUAAUAACCCUUCUUUAUAAUGCUAGACUGAUAAAGUGAUUUCUCCUUAGCGUAAUACCGUUAGCAACGCCGGUAUUUUUUGUACUUUAAUUUUCUAUACUGUGUACUAUAUUAUUAGAUUUAAUUGAAAAUGGCAACUUCCAUGGGAACUGCACAAAUCGAUCGUCAAUACGACGUUGAGCUUUAAACUUUGGCGGUUUACUUUUCUAGAUUACGUUUUGAGAAACAAUCGGUGCCAACGCGCCGUAACACUUUGCGUUUGCGUCUCAGACUAAUUACAUAAGGACCUAGACGUCACAUUUCUGUCACAGUAUAUGAUCAAUGAUCUAAUGCGAUUAUAAAAACUGUCUACUAUAGAAUCGAUGUUUCAUAGUUGUAAUCCGGUUAAAGAGCUCCGUAAAAAUACCUUUCUGUGUAGUUGAAUGGUGUAAAAAACGGGGAAAAACUUCUAGUUUAUUAUAUGAUAUAUACCAAAACUAAGCUCGUUUUCCAUAAUAAAUGACAUAAUUUUGUUCGUGAAUGUGAAUGCGAUACUUGUCCUUCUAUGAUUGGUCUGAGGUUUACGUCAACGCGUUUUUUAAAGGUAUAGUGAAAUUUAUUAUGUGUGAAUUUAAUAUCCAUAUUAAGUGUGUAAAUAACAACGUCCCCCUAAUAUUUGUCUUAGGGACGGUCUAGUCACUCGUACCGUAAACUCAGCGCGGUUUCGUCGGUACUUGCCCGACUUUUUAAGGCUAUAAGCCGCAAAUACAGUAUUCUACCGCUUGUGUAUAUAAACAUAUAGGUAUGGGGAAAACUACCCUCAUUUUUCGAUAAAAUAAUAACUUGCGCAUUACGCGUACUAAAUGUAUAUAAAUGUGGAAGGAGUUAGUGAAUUUAGUAAGCUCGAUCGUUCUCAAGACGGUCUUAUAUUAUAGUGAAUUGUAACAAAAUAUAUGUUUUGUGCGCUCGUAAUCGAGUCGAAUUUCGGUAUAAUAUAGACCAUAGUUCACGAUGUUACUUCAAGUAGUGCGUAAGAUAGUGGUGUUAGGUAAAGUUCAUAAUAGGUGUACAAUAUUCCUUUGGUCGGUUCUUCGGAUGGUGUUGUGACUACCCCCAAUUUAUUCGAACUUUUUAUCGAGUUACAUGUUUUAUUAUAUGAAAUUUUGAUGAGGAUGUAACUUUAUGGGUAGAUACAAACUUUGGCAGCGUCGCGAGAAUAUCAUAAAAAUAGCUGAUAUUAAAUAAGUGGCGGAAAAUAUCGGUAGAUCGCAAAUGAGGAUGGAUUUUUUUGCUACUGUCAGAUUUUUACAAUCGAUUAACUAGGUUGAGUGCAAACGAAAUAGUCGUAAAUAGUGCUUGUUUUAGGGAUAUUUCCUUUUCAAGGAAAAAUUUAUCCUUCAGAUAUAUAGAAAACUGUGAAGACCGACUAAAGGCAAUUUGAUUGUCCAAAACAAUUUUGGGACUCGUACAUUUUUUUGGAGAUUUCAAUGUAUAUUUUUCUCUGGAAAAUACAAAACAGAUUUUCUGCCAUUUCUUAUUAAAAUUAAGCAUUCGAAUUUUUUAUAUAAUCCCCGUAUGUUGUUGUUGUUCUAUAUAUUUGUAGAUGGGUUUACCUACGAUAUUACUGUCAAACUACAUGUAUGUAAUGAAGAUUUAUUUGUUUUUGUUAUUUUUCACUUAGAGGUUAAAACAAAUUAUUAGCUGUAAUUGACUUAAUAAUGUUUAGGUUUCAUUAUGAAAAGAUUUAUUUUUAAUGUCAUCUAAAAAUGUGUUUAACGAAAUUAACGUUUAUUGUGUAAACAUUAUUUUUAAAAGUGCUACAGAAAAUGAUCAUUAAAAACUUAUCUAUUACAUAA